AUAAGAAUAUUGUGAAUAAAUCUUCUUCAUUUGUAAUUCACAAAUUAUAAGUCCUUUUUUUAAUUUCCAAUUUAAUUAUAUUUAUUUGGUACGCCAUAUAUAUUUAAUAUCAAUAGAUUCCAUGGAAACGAAAGUUAUUUCGAGCGGAAUCCACCACUCUACUCUCCCUCAAAGUUACAUCCGACCCGAAUCCGACAGGCCACGUCUAUCGGAAGUGGUGGAUUGUGAAAAUGUUCCAAUAAUUGACUUAGGUUGCGGAGACCAAGCUCAAAUAAUCCGUCUAAUUGGAGAAGCUUGUCAAACUUAUGGUUUCUUUCAGGUAAUUAAUCAUGGUGUACCAAAGGAAGUUGUAGAGCAAAUGCUAAGGGUAGCUGGGGAAUUUUUCAAUUUACCAGUAGAAGAGAAGCUAAAAUUGUAUUCAGAUGAUCCUUCAAAGACCAUGAGAUUAUCUACUAGUUUUAAUGUUAAAAAGGAGACGGUUCAUAAUUGGAGAGAUUAUCUCAGACUUCAUUGUUAUCCUCUGGAGAAAUAUGCUCCUGAAUGGCCUUCUAAUCCAUCGUCUUUCAGGAAAAUCGUGAGCAGAUAUUGCACGGAAGUUCGACAACUCGGAUUUAGAUUGGAGGAAGCCAUAGCAGAGAGCCUGGGCUUAGAGAAAGAGUGUAUAAAAGAUGUAUUGGGAGAACAAGGCCAACAUAUGGCUAUCAAUUUUUAUCCUCCAUGCCCACAACCAGAACUCACUUAUGGGCUUCCGGCCCAUACUGAUCCAAAUUCACUUACAAUUCUUCUUCAAGACUUGCAAGUUGCUGGUCUUCAGGUUCUUAAAGAUGGUAAAUGGUUGGCUGUCAAACCUCAUCCAGAUGCCUUUGUCAUUAAUCUUGGUGAUCAAUUGCAGGCAGUAAGUAACGGUAAGUACAAAAGUGUAUGGCAUCGAGCUAUUGUGAAUUCAGAUCAAGCUAGGAUGUCAGUGGCUUCGUUCCUAUGUCCGUGCGAUAGCGCGAAAAUCAGUGCUCCAAAACUCCUGACGGAAGAUGGAUCUCCAGUCAUUUAUCAGGACUUCACGUAUGCUGAGUAUUACAAGAAGUUCUGGAGCAGGAAUUUGGACCAGGAACAUUGUUUGGAACUUUUCAAGAAUUAAAAUAUGGGAUAAGGUGGGAUCUCCUGGAAUUAAGUUUAGAAUUAAAUUUAUAUUUUGUUUGGUUGAGUGUGAGAUAAAUCUAUACUUUCAAUCAAACAAAAUAUAAAUUUAAUUUCAAACUUAAUCCUUGAUAUCCCGUCUUCUCCGAUCCAAUCAGACUUGGGCAUCAUUUAGUCAGCAAACCAAAUGACCCCGAAUCAUAAGUAGUACUACCUAUUUUUAAAACCCACCAUUUUAAUUUGUCUUUUUGCCGAGUUGCCAGCAUUUUCAGUACCUUUUUAUUGUAGAUUCGAGUAAUAGUUAUGGGGUGUGAGUUAAACUAGUCUGAAAAAAGAAAAAUGAAGACACCAAUUAUAUCUUCAUUGCCUUGCUGAUUUACCCAAUUACAUGACUACUCCAAUUUUAUGUUACUGUCGAGUAGUAUUAGCAAUUGUCCCGUAGAAAUGGACUACAAAAUCUUGUUGGAAUAAUAAGUUGUAGUAGUAAUUUCAUUGUUUACUGUAUUUGCUUCAC